AUGGCAGCCAUAGAGGAUAGGAAGCGGUCGCUUCCCGACGCGGAUACACACGAAACAAAGAAGCAGAAGCCUUUGAACGUGUUGAGCGAAGACGGUCCCUUGACGCAACAAGACGUGGUAUACUUCCAGAAAGAAGCUAUAUGGCGCCAAAUGGAGAUCUACAAGCAAAAGGCCAAGUUGAUGGCACGCGAUCUCCAGAAGUACAAGCGCCAAUACGAAGCUAACGAAUUGAAACUCAACAUCCUUGACUUGUGGUAUGAACAGAUUAUCACCUUGUUCAACGGAAAGAUAGAUACCGAGAACUCCGAACUCAACGAGAGCUUGUUGAUCAGAGUCACCAAUAAUGAUGAAUCGUCGUCCAUUGAUGAUGUCUUAGAAAGAAGAAGAGUUCAUUUGUUGAAAGUGCUAAGUCCCAUCAUUGACAGCUUGAAAUCGUCUGCUCUGGAGGAGUCUCGGGAAUUAAUUAAUAAGUUAGAGAAGUUGAAUUCAGAGUUGACCUCGGCUAAGGCUUCCAACGAAUCAUUAACCAAGACUAAGUUGGGAUUGGAAGAAAAGGUAGAGACCCUACAACAAGACAUAUUGAACUUGAUAAAAGAAAAGGAGAGGGUCAACUCCAAGACACUUCAAAGACUUGAUGGCAACAGCAAUAAUGAUGCUAAUGGUACCGACGAAAAAGAGGAUGCCCCCAAUGGCCAAACAGAAGUGAAACAAGAGGUCAAGCUUGAAAAAGAUGCCUCACCAGACGCCAAGCCAGUCGAUAACGAGGAAUAUGAACAGUUGACCAGUCAGCUCGAGGAAUUAAAGUCAACAAAUGCUUUGCUCACCUCUCAAAUCCAGGAAAUAACCGAUAAGAACAGCAAGUCACAACUCGAAAUUCUCCUGUUAGACACCAAGCUUCACAACUUGCAGGAGGCCGACUUAUCAGAUAACAUGUACUAUAAAAACGUUGUGAAAAAUAAUAGAAGUUUACAAGAUCAAAUCAUGAAAUUAACCAAGAUUAAUGAUGCUAAUAUAACCAGAUUGAGUGAUUUGGAGAGCAAACAAAAUGACUUGAAGCAACUGAUUUCCAAGCAAUUGGUUGAAGAAAACGAAUCAUUGAAGGAGCAGCUCCAUAAAAGUGAAGGUGAUUUGGUCCGGAUCAGAACUACCAGAGAUGAGUUAAUAUCGAAGCAAUCCAUAUUGAAAUCGCAAUUGGAAAACCAGAAGACCAAUGCAGAACUAAGCAAAUUAAACCAAGUGUUAAGCUCUCGGAUUGAACAGUUAGAAGCCGAGCAUUUGAGUAAAUUGACCGAGGAUAAUAGUAAAUUGAGUGAAUUAUCCAAGGAAGACUUGAUCAACCGAGUGAACAUCUUGAGCAAUGAGAUGAAGGAAAUCGAGGCGGCGUUCAAGGAAACCAGAGAAGUAUCAUUGAAGAAGUUGACCGGUGCCAUCGACCAAGAGAACCUUGUGAAGAAGCUCACUAUUGAGAAGACCAAGGCCGACCAAAAGUACUUUGCGUCGAUGCGGUUGAAGGAUUCGAUCCAGAGCGAAAACAAGGUGUUGAAAGCCCAGGUCAACAAGUCGCAGGACUUGAUCAAGAACUUGAACGAGUUGGAAAAGAACUACCUCAACAAGGUGGAUAUUUUGACCAAGUCCAUCAAUGACUACAAGACCAUCAAGGAGAACUCGCUCCAAGAAAAUGCCCAGCUACAGGACAGCGUCAAGGGGUUGAGGACCAGCAAAGAGUCGUUGGAGAACGAGGUGAAGAAGCUCACCAAAUCGCUUGAGGCGCGCACUGACGAGAACAGCCAGCUCCAAGCGGAGGUGGCCCACAGCAAAAUCACCAUCAACAAGUUGGAGAAGACGUUGAAGAGCACCGAGAGCUUGCUCAAGAAAUACAAGCAGAACAACACCUCGUUGAUUCUCCAGGAGGACGAGCAGCAGCUUGAAGCGUUGCGGUCCAUCGCCAAGUGCUCGGUGUGCUCCAAGAACUGGAAGGAUACCGUCAUCAGCGUGUGCGGGCACGUCUUCUGUCACAAGUGCACGCAGGAGAGAUUGGCAGCGCGUCUCAGGCGGUGUCCAUCGUGCAAUAAGGGCUUCUCAGCCAACGAUUUAUUGACCAUCCAUUUGUGA